GGUCUUUUGAAAAAUCCAGGGAUAUUUUUCCUUUCUAAAUUUUAAAAAAGAUGAAGUUGGAAAACAGAAAAACAGAAAAUUAGACAUAUACUUUUAGCUCUGCUUACUAGUUACUACAUUUGGUUUUGAAAAAGGGUCACUGCUAUCUGUACAAUUGACAACAAAAAAAGGCCAUUGGGAUGACUGUAUCCUACUACACCUACAGGACCGCUUAACUGUAAGUCCUGAAACAUACCCUAGCCUGAGCAUUGCUGUGCACAAGAUGUACAAGGAUGGGGGGAUGAGAGCCCUAUAUGCUGGCAUUGCACCUACCUUAAUUGGGAUGCUCCCUUAUAGCACCUGCUACUAUUUCAUGUAUGAGACCAUGAAGACAUCAUAUUGCCGGGCCAAAAACAAGGACUCCUUAAGCCGAGCCGAGAUGCUUGUUUUUGGAGCUCUCUCUGGUUUAACUGCAAGCACGAUCAGUUAUCCAUUGGAGGUGGCAAGGAAGCGGCUGAUGGUCGGAGUGCUGCAAGGGAAAUGCCCACCGCCGCCGCACAUGGUGGCUGCACUGUCAGAAAUAAUGAGGGAGGAAGGAGUUGUUGGGCUUUUCAGGGGGUGGAGAGCAAGCUCCUUGAAAGUCAUGCCUUCUUCAGGCAUCACCUGGAUGUUCUAUGAAGCCUGGAAAGAUUUACUUCUCCCUCAGAAGAAGAAGAAGCAGCACACCUCAUAAUAAUCCCUUUUUAACUGUGCAUUUUGAGCUGGUAUGCGAUACUGACUGCGUAAACUUUACUUAAAUACAGCGAAAUUCAGUGGAAGUCAAACUGGGCAAAGUUUUCUACUAAGACGGAGAGAGUACAAGUUUUCUAAGUCAUUAGUUUGCAGAUACAGAAAAAGAAACAGUUGUGGAAGAAAUGGCUUACGUUCACCACCGGAAAGCUGUUCAAAUCUAGCAACUAUAUGUUUCCCAUAGGUGUAUUUCCUCAAAGCAGGGAGAUGAAGCUUGAUUCGAUUCAGUAAAACCCGGCACUGUUCACCAUUGCUGAUCUCAAGAAUCUUUUGAACUACAUAAUUUGCAAACUGAUCCUUCAUCAUCAUCUACAUCCAGAAAGUUGAAACAAUUCAAUACACAUCAAGCAGGAAAUCACAGGCACACAGAAAAAACCUAGUAAGGUCCAACAAGUGGGGCCNAGAAAAAGAAACAGUUGUGGAAGAAAUGGCUUACGUUCACCACCGGAAAGCUGUUCAAAUCUAGCAACUAUAUGUUUCCCAUAGGUGUAUUUCCUCAAAGCAGGGAGAUGAAGCUUGAUUCGAUUCAGUAAAACCCGGCACUGUUCACCAUUGCUGAUCUCAAGAAUCUUUUGAACUACAUAAUUUGCAAACUGAUCCUUCAUCAUCAUCUACAUCCAGAAAGUUGAAACAAUUCAAUACACAUCAAGCAGGAAAUCACAGGCACACAGAAAAAACCUAGUAAGGUCCAACAAGUGGGGCCCAGGGAGUGUACCCGUGUGGCUGUACGCAGAACCUUACCCUAUCUAAAACGAUAUGAGCAGUGCUAGAGCCACUAACAAGGGAGCCACCAAGUCCACUAAAAGAUAAAGAAGCUCACACACACUUGUAGAAAAGAUAGAGAGGGGUACAAGUCUCUUACUACCAGACUGUCAUUCCCGUCGGACUGUGCAAGAAUCUCGCCAAUCAAAAGCUCCUGAUCAGCAGCAUCACCAUGCACCAAACACUUCUCUACAACAUUUGAUGCAUAUUUAUGUUGACUCAACUGCACAACUUUCCCAGACAAUUUUUCAACAAUCCGCCUUCUUUCGUGUGGUUUUCCCCUUUCCAAAACAUGCUGUUUGUAGUACAGUCAUGCACCAUAGAGUCAGUUUAAUGUUGAAAUAAUGUUAGUACUAUCCCACAUCGAGAAAUUAUGCAUAUUUCAGUAUUUCACCACCCGAGGGGGAAUUACUCACUUGCUGGGAUUAUUAAAAAAAUUAAAAUAAAAUUUAAAAUGAUACGCAAAAGUCAACACAACCAGUGUAAUCCCAACUCUGUAGGGGUCUAUGGGUCGAGAUAUAAGCAGUCUUAUGAUCUUGCCACGGUAAAAAGAACAGAAUGUGUUGUUGCAUUUACUGCCCAAAACAUCAUAGAGAGUAAAAAAGUAAAGGAAGUUCAAAGGG